AUGUACAUGACAUCGAUCAACCCAGUCUUGACGCCUCUGGGCUUUGCGGCGUUCUUGUUUGUACUUGCGGUUAGCCUGGUAUGGCGGACGCAGAAGACUUCGAGCAAAAAACUCUCUCCAUCUUACGACGUGAAGCAAAAAGUCCCAUCUAUACCAUUCAAGACACCGUUACCGCAGCCGGCGGAGGACUACAAACUUGAGCUUACAGAUCCCAAGCUCUAUCGACCCUUCCGCCAUGGCCCGAACUUUGUAACAAUGGGGAUCCGGAAGAUGGAUUGGAACCAAUGGAUUGAAAUGGACUCGAAUUUUAUCCCUUACCACGAUGCCAAGGUUCGGGAGCUCGAGAAGGACGUCAAAUCGAGGGUACAAUAUGUCGACAACGAAGUCACGCGCCUCGCAUGCUUUGAGGUCCUGGAAGAGUUGACCCAAUAUCUCACGCAUCGCUAUCCGGAAGUCUUCCAAUUGCACGGCAACAUCCUCCAUAACACAGUAACUGAUGAAGAAUUUCAAUACCCAGCACCGAACCCGACGGAAGCUAUGGUUACCGCAGCAAAGCUUGUCCAGGACGAUCUGGUUGUCAUGGUAUUGAAUGACGAUGGCCAAUACCACAUCGAUGCGGGCGCGGUCUGCCUACCCGGGUUCUGGCGCUUGACUGAGAAAUACCGCAUGUCGCUCGAUGAACUCCAUAUCGAAGCCGGUGUACCGCACUACCAGGAGAAGCUGCAAAAGGCGAUGAAUCGUUUCUUUGCAAAUAUGACGUGUGAAAAACCUGUCAUUCGGAACAACUUCUUCAUUCAAUUGGACGAUGGUCUUGCGUGGUCACACCGCAUGGGCGACCAAAACUCCAACACGGUCGCCUCAUGGGCCACUGCCAACUCCAAAGGUCUCUGUGUCGAAGACAUCCACUUCCGCUCCGAACGGCAAUCUCUGCGACGUCUACCAAAGUCCAAAGCUCUACUCUUCACCAUCAGGACGUACUUCGAGCCGGUGACGACUAUUGCGAAGGAGCCGCAUGUACCAGGAAGACUGGCCGAGGCGAUCAGGAGCUGGGAUGAGACAGUUAGUUACUACAAGGGACGGGAACAUUGGGAGGGUUUGUUGCUUCCGUAUCUGGAUGAGGAACAUAGGAAGCAAGUUGAUAGUGGUGUGUUGGAGAAGCCGGAGGGUGAAUUUCCGUUUUGA